CAGUUCAUAACAGACCACCAGGCGCACCGGCAUCCCCAGUCUCUGCUGACUCAGUGCCUUACCAGCAGUCCCUUCACCCCGAGGUACAGCACCCAGCAACCGACGCACACUCCUCCGGUCAACCCGCCCCGGCACCACCGUACAGAAAUGGCUAAGACCGCAAUCGCGUACAAAGAGAAGAUGAAGGAGAUUUCAGUUCUCUCGCUCAUCUGCUCUUGUCUGUACCCCGAGACCCGCAAAAACAUCAUGGGUGACUUUGAAGACAUGGACAUCAAGCCCAUUAACAAGCGAGCCUCAGGCCAGGCCUUUGAGGUCAUCCUGAAGCCAUCCUCCCCUGUGUCUGAUGUUGCCCACUGCGUCACCAGCCCCCCAAAGAGGGACCUUUCCCUGGAGGACAUCCAGAAGAAACUGGAGGCAGCUGAGGACCGAAGGAGAUCCCAGGAGGCACAGGUACUUCGGGCCCUGGCUGAGAAGCGGGAGCAUGAGCGUGACGUGCUGCUGAAGGCCAUGGAGGAGAACAGCAGCUUCAGCCGCAUGGCCGAGGAGAAGCUCCAGCUGAAGAUGGAGCAAAAUGAGGAAAACCGGCAGGCUUACCUGGCCGCCAUGAUGGUGCGCCUGCAGGAGAGGGAGAGGCGUGCUCAGGAGGUGCGCAGGAACAAGGAGUUGAGAGCGUGAAAAGCCCCAACAGGUUCUACAUCCCACCCCCAAACCCCCCUCCACCACUUCCCAACCCUGAGGAACACCCCUCUCCCCACCUAAUCCCACAUGUCUCCCCCCCCCCAUACUCCCCCAUACUACCACAGCCUGAGACGCCAACCCGAGACAGUGGGAGGUUCAAAUGGGGUUGGGGGUGGAUUUAAAAAAGCAAAAAUAAUUUAAAAAAAGUAAAAUUAAUGUCUCCCACCCACUCUUCCCAAAAAAAGAAUGUUUUUGCUCCGUUUAAAAUGAGAAGAAAAGAACAAAAUCUAAUUGACAAGUGACAAGUGGGUAAUGGUUUUUGUAAAUACUUCUUUUUUUGUUAUAUACAGUACGAUACAAGCAGCAAAAGUAUUGAUUGCAGUGUGCCAUUUUUCUAUAUAAGUUUCCUCUCCUUGCAUAUAUAUGGAUGUAAUAAUUUGUUCAUUUUCAUGUUAGUUUAUUUCAGCCUGAGAAUCAUUUCAGGCGUAGGUGUUUGUUGUGAGUUUGCCAGCUAGCUGAUGUUUGCUGUGACUGGCUGCGUCCUCACUAGGCCCGCAUCCUGGCUCCGUUCCUUCGUCCCUUCAAGUGGACACUUACUCAUUUGACCCUGCAGAUCUGGAAACAAAAUUGGAUUUGUGUUUGGUUGGAGUGAUUUUCCAUCCAGUUUAUGCCAAUGUUCCAAUUAGCGAGGGACAUGUGCAGGAAAUUUGGCAGAAGGAAAGGGGACAGUUUGCUUUCUGUGGGGACUGCAAGCCAUCGCUGCACAUCCACUCCUGUGAGGUAGAUGGUAACUGUACCACAGGAGAACACUAUAGCAUUUAAUGAGCCCAUCAUCCUCCUCCUCCUUCCCCCCGUCUGCAACCUCUUCAUCUCUCCACAUACUUACAUACUGUAGAAGCACUCACUCACACACUCUCCACAUGGGCAGGCAUUUAGCCAAUCAUAGCACAGAGCUCAGUAGGAGCUUGCUAAAUUCUGUCCAUCUGGCACCGGAAAGCCCACGUAACAUCCCUGACCAAUGGCGGUCCUCUUAUAUUCCUCAGAAACAAGCUUCCAAUCACAUUUCAAUCACGUGUAACCGUAAUAUACAACACAACUAAGGUUAAAGUGCAUCUGAAGAACGCUGGAGCGCAAAAAAUCUUCACCUGAGAUCAGACUUGUUACUGUUUCUUACACUCGAGAAAAUACAAUUAAAUUCCACCUUUCUCCAUUUCAUAGAGGCUAGAAUAGUGCUCAGCAUCGUAAGCGCCUACUGGAAUCAUUGCACUCCACUCCAAGACACUGUAAAUGCCACUGAAAGGUCGGCACAAGAAAGAUAUUGAAGCCAUAACAGGUAUCGCUGCAACAAUGAUCCAUGAACACAGUAUUGCCAUCUGUAAAGGUGUAUAUGAGUGUAUUAAAGUAUCCAAAUAGUUUGAAACCAGGGGUGUUGAAGCCUGAGGUUGAACCCUGUCAGUCACACACGCAUGGUAGGCCCAUAGAUGUGUGUGAGUGUGUGUGUAUUUCAGAAAGGGCAGGUGGAUAACCGAAUGUUUGUGCCAUGUGAUAUUGACCCAAUGAAGUAUAAACCAACACCAUUACAGUGUGUAACAGCUGUCACAAGUGCAUCACAGACUACAGUGACUAUCCUGCCUGCCUCUCUCUCUCUUUCUCUCCUCUGUCCAUUUGUGUGUUUCCCCCUCUCCACAUGUAUCUUUGUGAGCAAGCAGUGGUUAAUAAAGAUUUGGGGUUCAGUGAAUGAAA